AAGCUGAAACAAAGCAAGCAGCAUUUUCUUUUUAAAAAAAAAGAAAAGAAGAAGCAAGAAGAGCACAGCAAGCAGCCAAGCACUCAUCUCAUCACCCCCAAGCAGUUGAAAUUCCAGAUCCCAAAGCUCCAAAAAUUCCACUCCCCGAAAAGCCCAUAAAACCCCCCUGUCUCUCUCUCACCCUGUCUUCCUCACUCCCAAGAGAAGCCAGCCAAGCCAAAGCCUGCCAAAGGCGACAUUUUUCUCAUGGACGCCGGCGCCGCCACCACCGCCCGGGAGCGCCCCGUGCCGCCCUCGCCGGUGCCGAUGGCGAUUCCGCUGCCGGUGCCGCUGCCGCAGGCGUCGGCGGACCCGUCCAACCCCUUCCCCACCACGUUCGUCCAGGCCGACACCACCUCCUUCAAGCAGGUGGUCCAGAUCCUCACCGGCACGCCGGAGACCGCGGCGGCCGCGGCGUCAGGUGGGGCGCAGGCGUCGCCGCCGGCCCCGCAGAAGCCGGCGCCCGCGCCCCCGGGGCCCAAGAAGCCGGCUUUCAAGCUCUACGAGCGGCGGAGCAGCAUGAAGAGCCUCAAGAUGCUCUGCCCCCUGCUCCCGGCCGCCGCCGCCUUCGCCGCCGGCGGCUCCGCCGGAGGCUUCUCCCCGCGCGGGUUCUCGCCGCGCGGGCUCGAGGUGCUGUCGCCCAGCAUGCUGGACUUCCCGUCGCUGGCGCUCGGGAGCCCCGUCACGCCGCUGCCGCCGCUGCCUGGGUCCGAGGAGGCCGCCGCCGCCGAGGACCGCGCCAUCGCCGAGAAGGGGUUCUACCUCCACCCGUCCCCUCGCGGCAAUGCCGGCGCCGGCGGCGACCUGCAGCCGCCUCCCAGGCUGCUCCCGCUCUUCCCCGUGCAGUCGCCGACGGGCCGGCCGUGAGUCCGUGACCGUUUCCUGGCUUCCCCCUCCCCUUCCUCUAGGCUGGCUGGCUCGCUCUUGCUCGGUAUGCUCUGCUGCUCGCUGCUAAUCGCGGCGCUCCUCAAGUUGGAGGCCAACCUGAUCUGUGGAUGAUUUGCUCCUCCCCCUCUUCCCUCCCUCUCGUGAGCUCUGGGAUGAUGAUUCCUGUAUGUCCAGUCCCCCAUGUUGUAAUCUUGGUGUUUGUAACAGUAAUUCGGCGCAUAAGAGGGAUUAAUUGAUCACCGAGUUCGAGUGCUCUUGCUCUCUGAUGAAUUGUAUGUAGUAGAUUUUA